ACCACAAGGGUCUUUUGUGACCAGUUGUGGAUGUUCCAAAGAUUUUUUUUAGUAAAGGUCGAUACUACUGGAUGGUGAAGAAGACGAAGAACCACUAGAAGAAGUGCUAAAGAGGUCGAGAAAAUGAUCACUCACGUCCGACAUUUUUUAGCGGAAUCAAACGUGGAUGAAAACGUGUCCGGGAUCCAGCCUCAGGAAUUUAUCGACAGUUUACUAGAAUCAAUAUGGAAUUUCAUCGCGACGGUUUUUUCUUGGUGUCGCGUUAUAUGGAUGGUGAGAAAACUUCCGGGCCCGCCUGGAAAGCCAAUUAUCGGCCACUUAGGGGUCUACUCACGGCCUACGAAAUCGCUUGAAAUUAUCAAAAAAUUGCAAAACGAGUUCCCGAUUUGUAACAAGAACUUCAUGACGUUUUACCCGCAGGUGUUCGUCCAUUCGCCCGAAGCGGUUCAGGAAAUCUUAAGCAAAAAGCAGAAGCACAAUGAUAAGGGCAGCGUUUAUCACACAUUGCUUCCUCUUCUCGGUGAAGGUUUAAUAACUAGCAAAGGAGAGAAAUGGUUGAAAAGGAGAAAAAUGGUAACUCCAGCCUUUCAUUUCAACAUAUUAGAAGGAUUUUUUGAAGUAUUUACAAAAAGGAGUACUGAAUACAUAAAACAACUAAAGGAAGCGUCAAUAAACAACGACUUCUUUGAUAUUAUCCCGCACAACAAGAAAGUCACUAUGAACUUUAUUUUAGAGACUGCUAUAGGUGUACCUGAAGGAUUCCAUCAUGAAAGGUUAUCCGAAGUCAUCAAAGCACUACAAAGGCUGGAGGAAAUUGCUCUUUACCGAUGCUGGAAACCUUGGCUUUUGGUAGAUGGCAUUUUUAAAUGGACCCCAUCUUAUCGAGAGCAGGAACAUCACAGAAAAAUCCUCGAAAGGUUUACGUCUGAGAUAAUAAAAAACAGGAGAAUAGCUCUUGCAAAUGAAUCUAAUGAAGAAUGGUAUUCUGAUACUAAAAAAAAUACAAUACUUAUAGAUCUGUUGUUAAAACAGUCUGAAGGUGGCAAACUUCUUACAGAUGAAGAAAUUAGAGAAGAAAUAAACACAUUCGUGUUCGCAGGGCAAACUACGACAAUGUUGGCGAUAAGUUAUUGUAUUUAUCUUUUGGGGCUGUAUCCAGACGAACAGAAAAGAGCUGCUGAUGAAGUUGAUGAAAUUUUUGGCGAUUCAAAGAGGGACCCUACAUUAAUGGAUUUAAAGAGGAUGUAUUUUAUUGAGAGGUGUAUAAAAGAAGCAUUGCGUCUUUAUCCUAGUGUACCUAUACUCGCCCGUCGUAUAACAGAGGAUCAGACACUUGGAGAUUAUGUGCUGCCAAAAAAUGUUGACUGCAUUGUUUUCCCAUACGUCCUUCAUCGGAAUCCGAAACAAUUCCCCAACCCUGAAGUCUUCAAUCCAGAUAAUUUCCUGCCAGAAAAUAGCAAGGAUCGUCAUGCGUACAGUUACAUCCCAUUCAGCGCAGGACCUAGAAACUGUGUCGGAAAAAGAUUUGCAAACAAUGCAAUGAAAACUGUGAUAAGCUGGGUACUGAGAGAAUUCAAAAUUGAAUCGCUUCGUUCUCAAGACAAACUUAACCUUAUACCAUCAACGGUUCUUGUUCCUUUAGGAGGCCUCAAAGUAAAACUAACUCUAAGGAAAACUGGUCAGUAAUUACAAAUCAAUAAAUAAAUUUUAUUAUUUUUGUUUAUUUAA